AUGGGAGUCGAAGACAAGACGCGCGCUUCGGGCGACCAGCCCCGGGAGCAGAGCGAGCCAGUUCUUCCCACCGUCAACCCCGAGGUUGAGAAAUCGCAACCCCCCAAGGCAUCCCUCCAUCCCGCGCUCUACGUUACCGUCUGGAUUUCCCUCAGUUCAUCCGUCAUCCUCUUCAACAAAUGGAUUCUCUCAACGCUCGGCUUUGCCUACCCGGUCCUCCUGACUACGUUCCAUUUGGCCUUUGCGACCAUCAUGACACAGCUUCUCGCGCGGUACACGACGCUGCUCGAUGGCCGGAAGACGGUCAAGAUGACGGGCCGCGUCUACCUCCGCGCCAUCGUCCCGAUCGGCUUCUUCUUCAGCUUGAGCUUGAUCUGCGGCAACCUCACCUAUCUCUACCUCAGUGUUGCCUUCAUCCAAAUGCUCAAGGCCACCACCCCCGUUGCCGUCCUUAUGUCUAGCUGGGCGCUCGGCGUCUCGCAGCCGAACCUCAAGGUCUUCCUGAACGUCUCUACCAUCGUCGUUGGUGUCGUCAUCGCCUCGAUCGGAGAGGUCAAGUUCGUGUGGAUCGGCUUCAUCUACCAGAUUGCUGGUAUCAUCUUUGAGGCGCUCCGUCUCACCAUGGUUCAGCGACUCCUCAGCUCCGCUGAGUUUAAGAUGGAUCCCCUGGUCUCGCUCUACUACUUUGCCCCGGUCUGCGCUGCCAUGAACUUCGUGGUUGCCCUGUUCUGGGAGAUGCCCAAGGUUAGCAUGGCCGAGAUCUACAAUGUCGGGCUCUUCACCUUCUUCCUGAACGGCAUGUGCGCUUUCCUGCUGAACGUCUCCGUCGUAUUGGCAAGACCUUCGUCCCUCGUCCUCACCCUCUGCGGUGUGCUCAAGGACAUCCUCCUCGUUCUCGCCUCGAUGAUGAUCUGGGGGCACCCAGGUUUACCGGCCUCCAGUUCUUUCGGCUACAGCAUCGCGCUCGGCGGCAUGGGUCUACUACAAAGCUCUGCUACGAGGCGAUCAAGGGGCUACGCGGGUGAGGCCGGGCGGCAGUGGGCCGAUUUCGGCAACCGUCGCCCCGUGCUUCGCCGCAUCGCCAUCAUUUCUCUCGUUCUCAUGACCGUCUUCGUCGUCCUCGGCGGGCUUGCCCCGUCGUACGACCCCACAGGCUACCUAGAUGAGGCUAAGAACAAGAUGGGCCUGUCGAAGCUAUAA